AUGUCUGCCAUCCCAUUUCCUGUAUUUGCGCCACCGUCGGCAUCCGAGACAGCCCUGGCGCCAUACGAAGUUCGUAUUCGUCAUCCAGCAUACCCGAAAGACACACCACCGCUACUUUUACUGUCAGCAGCCGACGGAAUCGGGCUUGAGUAUGACAUGGCGAUUAUAUCGUGCUGCAUCAUUUGCGCGACCGAGUGGGACAAGGGCAAAUUGGCCAAUGAAACUGCGUAUGGCACGAUCGAAACAGUGUUGCGGCCGUCGGACGGGAUUCUACGCGGGCGCGAGUACUUUUUUUGUAUUGAUGGGUUUGAACAGUUUUCGGGCUUUAAAACCCCCGAGAAAUACGAAACGACCGAGUUUCCGCGUACGGCCGAGAGGAGGCCGCUCCCCGAGGACUGGGCGAUGCGCGGGCUUGUGUGGGCAGAUCCGGCAGAAGUGGUUUUCCCGCGCAAGUAUUUCGCCGUCAAUGAAAGCAUGGAGGAAAAUGAGAGGACGUUUGAGACGCCGUCGAUGGGAAAAGCAGCGUCGUGAGAGGUGUUUGUGGCUUGCGUACCAAAUCGCCCAGAUUGGGACGUCGGGAGAUGCUGACAACAAGGGCAAGGAGGGUUGUUGGAUCACGUACGAUCCCGACACAAAGAAGUUUCGUCCGGCCGCCAAAUGCGUGUCAGAGGUUGAAAUACGGGCAACGUUUCUGGACGAUGCGGCGUCGUCCCAGACACGAAGCUCGUAAGCGUCAGUUUGGGGCCAGAAAGUACACUUGGAGCAGUUUUAGUGCAAGAGCAAAAGAGCGACAAGCCAAUCAUUGUUCAGACUUCCGACAAAAUUCAAGAUAUGAAUAGUUAG